ACAUGCAGCUUUAGGCCAUUGUAUACAAACUCCUACUUGAAAUCCAUUUCCGAUUUCUCCCUCAAACAAUGAAGCGAUUCGUGGUCGUUUCGUCGCUACUCCUUCUGGCGAGCCACCUAGCCUACAGCCGUUCGAUCGCAGAUGAAGGGAAGUCGGUUUCCGACGGCAGCUUUCUGCAGUGGCCGCUUUCAGCGACGACGGUGACGUGCGAGCCGGUGUACGGGUUCCUGCCGUGCACCUCCAACGGUUGGGGGCUGCUGUUUAUGAUCGUGGUGUACAAUAUUCUGCUGUCUAUCGGGGGGCAGUAUGUGGGCGCCGCCUCUGAUCUGUGGCUGCAGAUCAUCGGUCCAGGAGUGGUCGGAGGCAGCGUGUUUCAGUUCCUCGGCACCAUUCCGCAGCUGGUUAUGAUGCUUUUACCUAUACUUACGGGUAGCACGGAAGAGGCUCAAUUACGGGCGACAUCGGGGAUGGGAAUGGUGUUCGGAGGAGUAGCUAUUCUUCUUACAUUGAUAUGGGGCCUUACCGUCGUUCUCGGAAGCUACGAUCCGUCCGAGGACGAUGAAACCGAUACUUCUGAGGCACAUAAAGCAGCAACUGCGAAUGGUUCCAGCAUCGUUACAGAUGUCGAAACGGGCUGGACUGCGAGACUGGUCUUGGUAGCUUCAGUGCCGUAUCUCAUCCUUGAGCUUCAAAAUGCUGUCACCUCGUCGUCUGGGAAAAGAGUCCUCAUUCUUAUUGCUCUCAUCGUCACGGUUGCUUUGCUCUGUGGUUACGUUUUGUAUCAGUCAUUCCAGCCGUGGAUACAGAGCAGAUGUUUUGAGUUUAUGGUAGAUAAAUAUGCGAAGGAUAAGCUACUGAAACUUAUAACAGCAAAUGGAAGGCCUAAUACUAAAAAGAUACAAGGGUUGUUCAACAAAAUUGAUAAAGACAAUAAUGCAUCUGUAACAGCAGCAGAAGUAAGAGUUUUGGUCUUAGGAGUACAGAUGGAUGAUAAUGACACGAGCACAGACCUAGUUUUGGAUGAAAUCACAACAUAUUUCGAUACCUCUGGUGAUGGAGGUAUCAGUCAGGACGAGUUCGUAAAGGGCAUGACCAAAUUGGCUUUCACCCUUUUAGAUCAGACUCCAACACAAAUAACAAAAGUCGGAAAUAACAGUUCGCAGAUUACCAGUCCGGAUCAGGAGGCGCUUUUAGGUAGCAUCACGAGCACGAGCCAAACAAUCAGCAAUACUUGGUCGAUUUACUUCAGAGCAACUUUCUUCUUGGUAUUUGGAAUUGCUAUUGCAUGCACCCUUUCAUCACCUUUGAUGAAAUCAAUUAUGGAGUUUGCUACAGCAGUAAACGUGUCAUCCUUCUGGGUCUCAUACUUGGUUCUACCUCUUGCUCUGAACUAUGGUAAAAUCCUCGAAACAAUUUCUUUGGCGGCACAGAAGUCGCAGAGGACAAACUCCUUGAUGCUGUCUUCGGUACAUAUUCUUUUGUUGUGUACACCUUUAACUCGAUAUUUAUGCAUCAGUAUUAGACAACUGAAUUUCUCUCUUUUCAUUGAACAGCUAUAUAGUGGUGUGUUCAUGGGCAAUAUAAUAGGUCUACUUCCAUUCCUUGUGCCAGUAUACUUCCGCAACUUGUCAUCAGAUGUCUCGGCAGAACUUCACUUAGUUUUAUUGCUAUGCAUCUUCAUGGGCACAUACACUAGCUUCAACACCACGUUUCCACGUUGGACAGGCUAUGUUGCACUAAUUCUAUACCCGAUUUCUCUAGCGACGGUCUAUGUUAUUACCUCUGUUCUUUGAUGGACUUAAAGAGCCAAUAUGUUAUCACUCUGCAGCAAUUCAUAUAGUGUGUAUUUUCAAGAAAAGAAUAAGCAAUCAUCAUUGUAACAUUUUCUCAUUGUUUUAUUCAACACAUUGUAAUAUAUAUAUUCACUAGCUAGCACCUACUUUAGCA